AUGGUCUCUACCGACGAAAACGUAGGAAACAAGUUAGUUUUCUGUCAUUUUAUGAUGGGCAUCGUCAGCAACCGUGAAGGCGCUUGCGACUAUGACGAUGACAUGAAACGUGCCAAAGAGGCGGGCAUCGACGCCUUUGCAUUGAAUAUUGGCACCGACUCUUACACCGACACUCAACUGAACUAUGCCUAUGAAUCUGCCGCCAACAACAGCAUGAAAGUGUUCAUGUCCUUCGACUUCAACUGGUGGCAGACUAGCCAAGGUAGCGAAGUCGGCCUCAAGAUCGCGCAGUACGCAAACCAUCCCGCACAACUCAUGGUCGAUGGAAAGGUCUUUGUAUCGUCAUUUUUAGGUGACGGUGUCGAUGUCGACGCAAUCAGAUCUGCUGCUGGCAGUGAGAUCUUCUUUGCACCGAAUUUCCAGCCUGGUCAGGGUGAUUUCGAUAAGAUCGACGGCGCUUUGAACUGGAUGGGCUGGGACAGUGAUGGAAACAACAAGGCUCCGACUGCUGAGCAGAAGGUCACUGUUGCAGAUAGCGAUGAGGUUUAUACUAAAGCUCUUCAGGGAAAAGCAUACAUUGCGCCCGUUUCACCUUGGUUCUCAACUCACUAUGGCCCCGAGGUCUCUUACAGCAAGAACUGGGUGUUCCCUUCCGACCUGCUGUGGUAUGAACGGUGGAAAGAGAUCCUACGUCUCAGCCCUCGCUUUGUGGAGAUCAUCACCUGGAAUGACUAUGGUGAGUCACACUAUGUUGGCCCGCUGGCGUCACCACACACAGACGAUGGUGCCUCGAAGUGGGCGAUGGACAUGCCUCACAACGGCUGGCUCGACAUGGCAAAGCCUUUCAUCGCCGCUUACAAAGCAGGCUCCAAGUUGCCGAUCAGAUUCAUAGAGGAAGAGAAACUGGUUUACUGGUACCGGCCAAACAUGAAGGGCGUCGAUUGUGACCCAACGGAUACAACCAUGCAAGGCAGCGCCAACAACAACACCGGCAACUUUUUCCGCGGCCGGCCGGACGGCGCCGACACCAUGCUGGACGAGGUUUUCAUCGUCACGAUACUAAAGAAGCCUGCGAUGGUGCGGGUGCAGUCUGGUGAUAAGACUGAGACCUACAUCGCACCCCCGGGGGUCUGGUCACACUCAGUACCGAUGGGAGUGGGCAAGCAGAGUUUCAAGGUCACCCGCGGCUUCCGGACGGUUCAGGCUUUGUCGGGGACGAGCUUGAAGGACGUUCUUGACACGUGCGUCUGCGGCAUCUACAACUUCAAUGCCUAUGUGGGCACUUUGCCGGCGGAGGACAAUAUCGACCAGCUGCAGCCAGCUGGGUUGGCUAUGCUGUCGGACGGAUUACUAGUGAAGCCCCAGAUCAACACUUUGGGUCUAGCCUUGAGUGAGUUACGGUCCGAAUUUUAG